AAGCUGCACAGGCAGUAUGCAAUUGGACCCUGAACCUGAGAGAACCUGCUGACCGUCUGACCAAUAAGGCGAGGGACAGCGAAGAGAAGCUUCGUUUUGUUUCGUUCCAACAUAAACAAGACAAACCUGGACCCGAAGAACCAGGGAAGAACCUUCAGCCACACAGGGACACUUGAAGGAUGCAGGACGGGAGUUGGAAUCAGCCACUCCCCAUUUCAGUGCUGCUCAAGGAUCCAGCAGCAGGUGGGACUUUGGAGGGCGAUGCGGGUGUGUUUUCUGAGGCCUCCUCCGAUGGAGAACUCUACCUUGACUCGUCGACAGAGCUGGAUUCUGGACACGGGGACUUUGCAGAUCUGACUGCCUUCUUGAGUGCAGAGGAGAUUAAUCUUAGCCUGGACCUGGCCCGGGAGGCCUUCGGUGAGGCGGAUGAAUGUGAAGAUCAAGACCCCUCUAGUCUUAAACAGCUGGAGCAGGUUCUCCAAUCUGUCCCUUCCCCCCUUGUUGUGCCCUCUCAAACGACUGAAAACCUCAACUCAAGCCCAAACCUACACCACCAGACCAAAGCCGUUUGCUCCGAUGACAAUGGAGCAGUUUCAGUUUCCUCCAACCAGAUUGCUCCCAUCAGCAAACCCGUACAGAUCUCCAGUGAGGCUCCGUCCUCAGCUGAGAAGGUUGUACGGCACAAGCCCAUCCAGCCCGUGUACAAGCAAGACAAGCCCAGGCUGGUUCACGAAGGUCUCGAGCUGAACGACCGAGCGGCUUCGGUCACAGAGUUCUGCAGCCGAGCGGCCACCUUCAUCGAGGAACUGUCAUCCAUUUUCAAAGGUUCUGCUCAGCCGGCGGAGGAGGAAUCCUCCUCUCCUGACAGUGGCUACCUGUCUCCGAGAAGCCAGCGGACCGUCCCUCAAGGCUCGGUCUCCAUGUCCUCCCUGCCUGCAGGCCCACAAGAGGACACACACAACAACCCGCCGGAGAUGGGACAGGGGGGUUCGGAGAGGCACCUACAUGCUGGAGCUUCAGCGGCAUCCGAACCCCUGUCCCCACCUCAGUUCCUCCAAAAGCUGAAGAGUCAGGAAGUGGCUGAAGGCAGCCCCAUUCGUCUGGAGUGUAGAGUUCAAGGAAACCCACUGCCACUCGUCAGGUGGUUCUGUGAAGGCCGCGAGCUGCAGAACUCCCCUGACAUUCAGAUCUGGAGGGAAGGAGACCUUCACACGCUGGUGAUCGCCGAAGCCUUCGAGGACGACACGGGACGUUACACCUGCGUGGCGUCCAACAGCCUGGGAGCAGAUAAUACCUCCGCCGAGGUUUACAUCGAAGGGGCUUCAUCAUCAGACUCAGAGGGAGAAGGAACAGCGUCAAAGUCAAGAUCAGGAGCCAUGCCUCAGGCGCAGAGAAAGACCACUUCGAUGUCCUUAACAAUACGCUCAUCAUCACCCAAAACCCCAGAGGUGCUUCCUCAUCGCUCAGCCCUGGUCCAGUCCAUGUCUCAGCACCCACAGCGGAUGCAGAGCCCUGUGUCUGCACUGCAUGGUGGUGAGUCGUCAGGCCCUCCACUGUUCACAAAGCUCCUGCAGGACGUCCAGGCCUCAGAGGGCCAGGUGGUGGUUCUGGAGUGCAGGGUCCGUGGAAGCCCUCCCCUCCAGGUCCAAUGGUACCGGCAGGGGAACGAGAUUCUGGACUCACCCGAUUUCAGGAUUCUACAAAAAAAGCCUCGGUCUGCAGCUGAGGCAGAGGAGAUCUGCACCUUGGUGAUCGCCGAGGCUUUUCCAGAGGAUGGAGGUCUGUUCUUCUGCAAGGCGUCUAACGCUUUUGGCUCCGUCAGCAGCACGGCCCAGCUGAUCGUGAAUCCAGCAGCUGAGGACUCAUCAAGUAAUGGCAUGUCUGGCGAUAGUUCAGGAUUUGAGGAUGCGGCCUCCUUCCCUCCUCCGCCUCCUCCUCCUUCGCCACCACCCACCGAGAUCAGCCUCCUGGAGUUGCCGCCUAAGGCGCUGCCUCAGCCCGGUUUAGACGCGUUCCGUGUCAAAGAGCUGGAGUUGUGGCCCAGUGCGUCCGUUGCCCCUCUGGUGCAAAUUAGCUCAGAGGUAGAAGACGGGGACAAGGAGAGAGGGCAGGAACCUCUACAGAACGGCCAACACCCACCGUCACCUCCAAGCUUACCUAAAGACGCCCCACUCCCACCGCCACCUCCUCCUCUGCCACUGUCAGAACCGGCAGCAGCAGACAUCCAGGCCACGCCCUCAAGUCAAACCCACAUCGUACGAGAUUCUCCUCCGAGCCAGGGCAAGCUGUCUCCAUCCCCCGGGAAAGAUGGUCCUCCGAUCCCUACCAAGCCAAAACCAAAGCUGAACGCGGCCCAGCUGAAGCAGCUGCAGGACCAGAUUCUGUUGGAGCAGCAGGAGGCAGCCAUCUGGCAGCAGCAGCCGGAGCACAUCCAGGAAGUCCCGCCUCCACCCUUGCAUCUGCUUCAGGAAGCACCUCCACCUGCUCCGCCCUCGCCGCCUCUUCCCCCACCCCCCUCCUUCCAGGAGCUGGAGAGCAGCACCGCCAUGCAGGCCAGUACCUUCAACUACGCCCGGCCCAAGCAGUUCAUCGCUGCCCAGAGUCCGGGAGGGGCGGGCUACGUCGCCCACUCCUCUGGCUCCUCUGGGUCCAGCCUGUCCUCCCCGCUGUCUCCACCCGCCUCCCACAAGCCCUUAAACCGGGUCGCCCUGCCUCCUUUCACGAAGGCCGGCAGCGUCGAGUCCCCGACCUCUCCGUCUUUCCCGCCUCCUCCUCCGCCCUUCCUCAGCCUCAGCAACCUGUCCUCUCCCUCCGGCUCCGGCCAGGACUUCCCCCCUCCUCCGCCGCCGCCUCCUCCUCCUGUCUCCAUGUCUCCAGUCGGCUCAGAUGUGUCGUCGCCGUUCUCCUCGGUGCCCCCGUCUCCCGCCUCCAACUUUCUGUCCUCGUUGCUGCCCUCCAGCCCCUCCACACCCGGCAGCCCCAUGGUCAACAGCCUGGGCCUUCCCAAAGGCAACGGCACCAUCAAAGUGUUUCCGAGGAAGUCGUCAGUCACCAAGACGCCUCGCAUCGUCUCCGACUCCGACAUCCAGGGCUCCAAGGACGCCGUCAUCCAGGAUCUGGAGAGAAAGCUGCGCUUUAAAGAGGAGCGCAUGAGCAAUGGUCAACAGAGGUUAACCUAUGAGGAGAAGAUGGCCCGUAGGCUCCUGGGGGCCGACAACGCUGCCACAGUCCUGAACACACAGGACACAGAGGAGGAGCCGGUCACACAGAGCCAACGAGCCAGUUCUGUUGAAGGGAACAAAAAUAGCAACAGUUCCCGGAGCCGGUCGUGUGUUUCAAAGAUGAGCCGUCCAUUUCCAGAAGACAAGUCAGCUGAUGCAGAAACUUGCCCUCAAAAGGAGUACAAAGUGUCCAGCUUCGAGCAGCGCCUCAUCAGCGAGAUUGAAUAUCGCCUGGAGCGUUCUCCGGUGGAGGAGUCGGACGACGACGUCCAGCACGACGAGGACUCCGCCGGCCAGGGGGUGGCGCCCUCCUUCGACCAGAAGCUGAAACACUACAAGGUGUUCGAGGGCAUGCCGGUCACUUUCUCCUGCAAGGUCCACGGAGACCCCCAACCAAAGGUCUAUUGGUUUAAAGACGGUAAGCAGAUCUCCAAGAGGAGCGAACACUACCGGAUCAGCCGGGAUCCGGACGGUACCUGCUCGCUGCACACAGCGGCAGCCUCGCUGGACGACGACGGAAAUUACACCAUCCUGGCAGCAAACCCAGACGGCCGGGUGAGCUGCACCGGCAGGAUGAUGGUCCAGGCGGUGAACCAGCGCGGCCGCAGCCCACGGAUGGCUCCAGGUCACAUGCGCAGGCCCCGAUCUCGGUCCAGAGACAGCGGUGACGAGAACGACAACAUCCAAGAGCGUCACUUCCGCCCUCACUUCCUGCAGGCGCCUGGUGACCUGAUCGUCCAGGAGGGCCGCCUGUGCCGGAUGGACUGCAAGGUGAGCGGCCUGCCGACCCCCGACCUCGUCUGGCAGCUGAACGGACACGCCAUCCGUCCCGACUCGUCCCACAAGAUGUUGGUGAGGGAGAACGGGGUGCACUCUCUGGUCAUCGAGCCGGUGACGAGCCGCGACGCCGGCAUUUACACGUGCAUCGCCAGCAACCGGGCCGGCCAGAACUCCUUCAACCUGGAGCUCAUCGUCGCAGCUAAAGAGAUGCACAAGGCGCCCUCGUUCGUGGAGAAGCUGCAGAACACGAGCGUGGCGGAGGGUCACCCCGUGCGGCUGGAGUGCCGCGUCAUGGGCGUCCCUCACCCGCAGAUCUUCUGGAAGAGGGAGAACGAGUCCUUCACUCACAACACAGACAGAAUCAGCAUGCACCAGGACAAUUGCGGCUACCUGUGUAUGAUAAUCCAGCCGGCUCUGAAGGAAGACGCCGGUUGGUACACCGUGUCCGCCAAGAACGACGCCGGCAUCGUUUCCAGCACCGCACGCCUUGACGUUCACACUCAGUGGCAGCAGCCGAACCUCCCGAAGCCCAAGAAGGUCCGCCCCUCAGCCAGCCGCUACGCCGCGCUGACGGAGAGGGGGCUGGACGUGAAGGCGGCCUUCUUUCCCGACUCCAGCCCACUGCCACCCGGCGGCCUGGUGGAAAGCGACGACCUGUAACGGGGACGCAGAGAUUUUGGACUCCAACCCCCUCCCACCUCUGAAGGCUGCCCUCAGUCCCCCCCCCCCCCCCCCUCCCCCAACACUCCUGAGACAUAAACAGAGAGGCAGGGGGCAGACUGAACUCUAGUCCACCACUGAACUGAAGAGAUGGGGAGGGUGCAACUGUGGUUUCCUUCUUAUAAACCCUUUAUAGUAAAGAGAUUAAGGUGACUUGGAAGGUGAUUGAAGUGCUUAUGAUGAGAGAAGAGUUAAAGUGCCUCUUAAUUCUGUAAAGAUUGAAACUCGUGCAACACAGAUUCACUACACAUGCACACGUCUGAUACCUGCAGUAAUGGAUCUGAGUGGCCAGAAUUUAAAGGGACUGGAAGAGGUGAGCUCUUCCAUGCCGAAUGUUGAAGGUCUGGUAUGACGAAGGUUUGAGGUUAAGUUGAGCAGGAUGUAUGUGGAAGAGCAGGUGUACAGUGGAGUGAGAGUAAAAGGCUUUAAAGAUGGUUCAUUUAGUCGAUUUCCCUCUACUUUGGAGGUUUAUUUUUCCUAGCCGUGUGCAAUGUAAUGUUCUGACUCAUGAAAGGUUUCAGUGUAGCUCUCCUAUGCAGCACAGAUCACACUAUCUUAUUCUAUUUGCCUUCCCCACCAUCCUAUCUUAAAUUAUACCUUCAAAACAAAAAAAGAAAUGAAGUUUUAUAAACGUACUGCCUUAAAUCGCUUCAAUUAAACAACUUUUCUUUGCAUGUUCUUUUCAAACUCCUGUAUAGUGCCAAACAGCUUUUACAUGGAUGUAUAAAACACAACUUCUUGCAGUAUUCAGGGGUAAUAAACACUCAAAAUAAUAAAAAGAAAGAAAAAAAAAAAGAAAUUAAAAUAUAUUUGUAUCUAUCAUUUUGUCCCCGUUUAGAUCUUGUAUCAGCUGACCUUAAAGUGCUGGCACAUUUCUAUGCCAAUCAGUGCCUGUGUACAGAUUGUUCUCCUGAUUUCAUUUUAGCUCAUGAACUGUAAUAAAAUUCCAGAUCUGAA